AUGGAUAUCCACCGUUGUCGUUUCGUUUCAUACAACCCACAGGCAAUCAAUGCGCUUGCAUUCUCACACCCUCCCUCAGCAGACUUGGCUGGACGUGGAAUCCCUACCCUCCGACUUGCGAUCGGCCGUGCAAAUGGCGAUAUCGAAAUAUGGAACCCGAUGCGCGGCGCCUGGUUCCAGGAGACCGUGAUGCGUGGAGGUAAAGACCGCAGUAUUGAAGGACUUGCAUGGACUCUAGACCCCCAAGAGGACGGACCUGAAAAUGCCAAAUUGCCAGGCAAGCUGCGUUUGUUCAGCAUUGGAUACUCUACCGCUGUUACCGAAUGGGAUCUCGAGAACGGUCGCCCACUGCGUCACUCCAGUGGAAACUACGGAGAGAUCUGGUGUCUUGCUGCACAGCCGCGCUGGCAGGCUCCUAAAGGCAAGACUGGGCCCGCUGAGGGCGAAUACACCGGCCAGCACCUUGCUGCAGGAUGUGCAGAUGGUUCUAUUGUGAUUCUGUCUACUGCUGAUAAUGACCUCAAGUUCCAACGACUGAUGCGACCCUCGACUAAAAGAGCGCGAGUUCUGAGUGUUACCUUCCAGAACCGUCAUACCAUUGUCGCUGGAUACGCCGACAGCUCUAUUCGUCUGUUUGAUAUUCGCACAGGAUCGCAGCUUCGAACAAUCUCUCUGGGCAAGGGCCCUACCGGCGGACCGAAGGAGUUGCUUGUCUGGUCAGUCAAGUGUCUGCCUGACGGCACCAUUGUCUCCGGUGACUCGGCUGGUGAAAUCCGUUUCUGGGACGCAAAGAACUACUCGCUUGUCCAGCGGAUACAGGGACAUCUUGCCGACACACUCGACGUGGCAGUCAGCUCCAAUGGUGAUACCGUCAUUAGUGGUGGUGCGGAUCAGCGGACGGUUGUGUACCGUAAGAAGGACGGCGAGAAGGGCGACAAGAAGGGUCGGUGGGCUGAAAUUAUGCAUCGCCGCUACCACACCCAUGAUGUCAAGACAUUUGCCGUCUACGAGACAAAAGACAUCAGUAUCGCCGUGUCUGGAGGCCCCGAUGCGACACCUAUCGUCCUUCCUCUGCGCGAAUUCGGAAAGGAGCACCACCGCAAACUUUCCAGCCUACCCCAAAUCCCACAGCUUACAUCUGCUCCGUCCGCACGUCUGGUGAUGAGCUUCUGGGACAGAGAAGUGAGCCUGUGGCGUGUCUCUCGAGGCCCUACAUCAUUGAAUGAGAACAUCGACGGCCAAAGGCAUAGACUUGUUGGCAAGGUUUUGAUCCAGGGAGAAGAAAACAUUUCUUCCGCAAUGCUCUCUUCCGAUGGCAAGACACUCGCUGUUGCCACUGUCGGUGAAAUCAAGCUGUUCUCCCUCCGCCGACGAAAGGGUGACGAGAAGGGCGCUCUACGUAUUCAGAAAAUCGACGUGCCCAGUGCGCUUUCCAAUGAAGGUGCCCGUCUGGUGACUAUUUCCCCCGAUGGCCGAUGGCUCUCUGUCGUCCGUCCCAACAGUGAGAUCUGUAUGGCACGAAUCCAGCCUAGCUCUACAUCCACCGAGAAGGCACAGGUCAUUCCACAAUUCGCAAAGCUCAAGAGAGCUACACGCCAUGUCCGACACGAAAAGGCAUCUCACGGAUCAUUGGGUGAUUACGAGAGAACUAUACGAUCGGUGGUAUUUUCCGAUGACAGCCAACUCCUGGCAACCGGUGAUAUCUCUGGUUGCGUAGAUACUUGGGCAUUGAGUACAGCAAAGGACUCGACCAACGCUACAACUAAAGCCAACAAGUCCUCUGAUUCUGACGAUGAUUCUUCCGACGACGAGGAGGAGGAGGAGGAAGACAUUAUCAUUGAAGGAGAGCGUUGGUCUACAGCGGCCGCCGAAUCUCCCAUUCCACGCAUGAAGUCCGGCGUCACAUUGAUGUCCUUCCGCCCCAAAGCCGCCCCCACACAAAAGACAUUGACGAAUGGCACACAACAGACUGGCCAAGACAGGCUGAUGGUCCUCACAAGUGAACACCAGCUCGUCGAGUUCAACGCUCGGGAUGGUACAUUGUCCGACUGGUCUAGACGCAACCCCAAGGCAUACCUUCCCGCAGAGUUCCGUGGUGUCAAAGACCGAGCCAUGGGCUGUAUGUGGGAUCUCUUCGAAGGUCGGGAGCGUCUCUGGCUCUACGGCGCUUCAUGGUUGUGGAUGUUUGAUCUACUCCAAGACUUCCCCUCCCCAGAACAAAUCGAAGCCGGUGCGACCAGCACCGAAGAGGGCAAGACUGCAGUCCAGCUUGCCAAAGCAGCGAAGCGGAAGCGCGAAGCCCUCGAAGACGACGAGGAGGAGCGGAGGAAACACAACACCGGUGCCGGUGACCGGGCUCAACAAUCCAAGAUGGAUGUUCACUUCGGCACCAAGGUUCGGAAGAUCGUCGGCAGUGACGAAUCACAAGGAGAGUGGGUUUCCCUUGAUAAAGAACGCACCCGCAUUCCAGGUGAAGACGACGACGCCUACGAGUACGAUGAUGCCUUUGCUGCGACCAACGAGACGACCUUGGCCCGUCUUCGACGUGGGGAUGGAGCUACACCCGAGACCGCAACUCCCCAGAAGGGCUCAAAAGGAGCCGAUAAGACACCGAAGAAGCAACUGGCUGAAAUCAAUGGCGCCUCAGCUCAGCCUGCGCGUCGCUGGUGGCACACCUACAAGUACCGUGAUAUUCUCGGCAUCGCACCUCUCAACACUUUGUCGGGCGACGGUUCCGAUGACCAGGGUCCCAUGGGUAAUCUGGAAGUCGCGGUUGUGGAACGUCCUAUGUGGGAUGUUGAAUUGCCUGGUCGUUAUGUCAAGGACUACGAGUAA